GUAGCAGUAGCAGCACUAGUGUGUUGCAGUAGAGCAGAGCAAGCCCCUUUCUCUCUCUCUCUGCACGUUCCUCUGCUCCCCUUCCCCAUCAAUAUAUCACUCCCCACUUCCCCUUCCCUCACUCUCUCUCUCUCUCCCUCGCUCUCUCUGAGGGAGCUCUUCGCUUACUGUGAUACAGAGCCGCCAGAGAGAGAGAGAGAGACCCACUUCUCUGUAACUCGAUCAGAAAUAAACAAUGGAGGACAUGUACGGUCUCCCCUCCUCAUCAUCAUCAGCCCAACCCCAUGACUACUUCCCCAUCGACGACCUCCUCGAUUUAUCCAACGACGAAAUCUUCUCCAACUCCUCCUCCACUACUUCCUCCACCGACUCCCACCCCAACCACCACCACCACUACACUCCACCUCCUCCUCCUCCCCCAGCUGUCUUCCACCCCCCCUCCACCACCGACUUCACCAACGCCCUCUGCCUCCCGAGCGAGGAUGUGGCGGAGCUGGAGUGGCUGUCGCGCUUCGUGGACGACUCCUUCACCGACUUCCCGGGGCCGCCGGAGCUCUCAGGAUCCAUGUCCCUCCCCAACGACAAGUCGUUCUCCAACCGCGGCCACGCCAAGCCCAUUCGCCAAGCGGAAGGCUCCGGGUCCAUCCGGAGGUGCACCCACUGCGCCUCGGAGAAGACGCCGCAGUGGCGGACGGGCCCAUUGGGCCCGAAGACGCUGUGCAAUGCCUGCGGCGUGCGGUACAAGUCGGGUCGGCUCGUGCCCGAGUACCGGCCCGCGGCGAGCCCGACGUUCGUGCUGACUCAGCAUUCGAACUCGCACCGGAAGGUGAUGGAGCUCCGUCGGCAGAAGGAGGUGUCGUCGCAGCAGGAGUCGGAGGAGGAGGAGGAGCAGCAGAGGCGAUUCUAUCUUCACCCGAAUGGGUUUCGAGUGUGCUGACGUGUCGGCGUGUGGUGAAAUGUGAAAUUUGGGAUAGUAAUGUGGUUUCCGACACCUUUGUGCUUAUUUUAUCAAAAUUUCGAAAGGUUUUUAAUUUAUUUUCCAGGUUUUAUUAUUUUUGCGGAUAAAUAAAUAAAUGCUUGGGCCAUUUAAAAAAAAAAAAAUUAAUAUGCAUGGGAAAAUAAUAAAUGAAUAUGGGGUGGGCCGGUGGAGGGAUUCAAUGGGGUUCAGAUUUUCAACUACCAAUGCGCUCCUUUUUAUUAUAUUGAAAACCAGAGCGGGCGUGAUGGGGGUGGAAUCGCACGUGAUAAAGUGCCAGAUUAGGCUGACACAUUAUUCUCUCUUUUUUUUUUUAACGUUUGCCAAAGUUCACGUUGUUCUUGUAAGUUGUAUCACCCCGAUGUAAUGGUUAGCGGCACUGUAACAUAACCGUUUUAAAGAGUGGUAAAUUGGGGUGUUACAACUUUUAUUAAGAAUGAAAGUGUU